AGCAAUAGCUCAAGAUGUACUCGCUACUCACACAGCUCGCCGCUGGCGUCCUAGUCCUUGCCUUUUCAGCAUCUGCCCUCCCUGCCUCUGACGGCUCUUCCCUAACUACAAACGUCACCAACUGUCUCAAUUCAUACCAGGUCCCGUUCGAAGACAGUACAUCCUCGAAUUGGACCUCGCUGAUCACCCCCUACAACCUCCGUCUCUUCUGGUAUCCCGCUAUCGUCACACUCCCCUAUACUCCCCAACACGUCAGCGCCUCAGUUAUCUGUGCCGCAGCUGCUGGUCUCAAGGUGCAAGCCAAGUCUGGGGGGCAUUCAUACGCUAGCUAUUCAAGCGGUGGCCAGAACGGGAGUUUGAUCGUGGAUCUGCAGAACUUCAACGGUGUCUCUGUCAACAAUGCCACGGGCAUUGCGACGGUUGGCGGAGGCGUCAGGCUUGGAAACCUAGCGCUUGACAUCUAUGCCCAGGGACAGCGCGCUCUGCCGCAUGGCACCUGCCCUGGGGUGGGCAUCGGCGGACACUUCACUCAUGGCGGAUAUGGACAUUCCUCUCGCCUCUGGGGAUUAGGGCUUGAUACAAUCGUGGCCCUAGACGUCGUGCUCGCGAACGGGAGCUAUAUCCACGUGACGCCAACCCAAUACCCCUCGAUCUAUUUCGCCAUGCGGGGCGCCGCUGACAGCUUCGGCAUCGCGGUCAACUUCUACCUGCAGACGCAUCCGGCACCGUGGUCUGUCAUCAACUUCUCGGCUUCAAUCCCGCAGGUCCUGGAUAAUGCGACGAUAGUCACAGAGGCCCUUCUGGGCCUCCAGACCACAGUAGCUGAUCCGUCGUACAUCAAUGGCAAUAUCUCGUUCGGCAUUUACACAGACAGCAGCGGUGCCUUCAGCCUCUCCGGCUGGUGUAUCGAGUGCGACGUCUCCACCUUCAACAGCAUCACCUUCCCCAAGCUCCUCGAGAGCUUCCCUCCCCCGUCCUCCCAGAGCGCCACGCCGCUGGGCUGGAUCGACAGCUUGACCAACCUCGCCAACGGAGAAGCGCUCAACGUCCCUCUGUACGGGUAUGACAUGCACGAUACCUUCUACGCCAAAUCCAUCGUGACGAAGGAGGCCGCCCCGCCGACCCACGCGGAAUGGCUCGGCUUCUGGACGUUCGUGACAGGCCCAGGGAGGAGUGCUCCAAAUCCCUGGUACUCGAUCAUCAAUCUGUACGGCGGCGCAGGGAGUCAGAUCAACGUCCCGCCCGCCAACGCCUCGGCGUAUUCUGACCGCGACGCUCUCUGGGUCUUCCAAAACUACGCAUCCCACGCAUCCCCCUUCCCCACCAGCACAGUCGUGCCCUUCCUCGAUAACCUCACGAGCUCCUUGGCCGCGGGGAACAACGCGACAGAUUUCGGCAUCUACCUCAACUAUGCGGAUCCGGAUCUGUCGGCGCGCCAGGUGGCGCGGCUAGGAUAUGGGACGUCGACGUAUGAGCGGCUGCUUGCGAUCAAGCGGCGAGUGGAUCCGCGGGAUGUGUUUUGGAAUCCGCAGGCUGUGGGGAAUGUAGGGUUGGCGGAGGUGAUGGAUGGGUAGGGAGGGAGCACGGGUUUAGACGGAUUCGUUGCUCAUGCCUAAGAUGACGAAUUAAAAAUGAAUGAACGAACGAACGAACGAACGAAAGAAUGGAUAGUUCCCGGCGAAUUUUUGCUUUUGCUUUUGCUUUUUGCUUUUGCUUUUGCUUUUUGCUUUUCUAGCCAUCUUCUCCUUAAUUCCCUAACAAAGAAGAAUGUAUACUUACCUACCUACCUUACCUACCUAUAUUGUAUCCACUUCAUCACAUACUAUAUAUCCAGAAACAAAACCUUUUCCAGCACAUACGGCCAUAGACUGAAGAGAACUGGGCAUCCCGUCCGCU